CAAGGACCAACAGAACACCGCCGUCUACAUAGUCCAAUCGCCACAGCCACCAGCCGUCACAAACUAGGGAUCGAUUGAGUGUUUGAUUUGUGCAGCAUUUGGGGUAUCUUCUCUAGUCUACGUCAUUGCCCACCUUCUACCUUUUAAGCGUUCUGGUUUCUUUCAGAACAUAGUAAUUGUUGUGUAGCUUCAGUACUUGGCAUCCGGAUCACAAUUGCCGGUUCUGUUGAAUUGUGUUGAAUGGUGAUCAUGACAAUGUGCUGGUAUGCAAUGUUUUGAGAUAGUCGAUGUAAUUUAGGUUGGAGGAAGUGGGAAUUAACUGAUGUAAAACCACUUCCCUUGCGAACUCGUGAGAUUUGUGAAUGCGGCUGAAGAUGAUGGAGCCUUGUGAGAGCGGUGCGAGACCAAUUGAGGAGUUAGCAUUUCUGUUGCUUCCAGCUCCCAAAGUGGACAACGAUCUGCUGCAGCAGUGUGCUAAUCUGUACAGCAACCACUACGGCAUCUGGGGCCCCAAUGCAGGUGAUGAGGCCAAGCCAGGCAGUCGAGUGAAGAUCUCAGCGGAGAAGCUGAGGAGCCAGGGCCUCUACGACGUGAAGCGGUGCUUUGUUGUGGCAGCGAUCCAUCCUGCCACAAACCAAGUGAUUGGGAAUGCCUUCUGCACGAGGUUCUACUUCGCCCCUGGCAAAGGGGAUGUGAUGUGGAUCACACAACUUGUUGUACAUAAGGACUGGCGAGGCAUCGGAGUUGGACGGCGGCUAUGUCGAUUGGCAUGGGAUGGUGAGAACACAUUUGCUUGCGGCAUUGUGAGUCCGCACCCAUUCGCUGUUCGUUGCUUAGAACGCAUGGCUGGAGUGCCAUGCGACCUUGCCAUGACUAAAAUUCAUGGCCUCGCCAUCGCCACGGCUUCUGGGAUUGACUUAGUCACCAAGUCUCGCCUGGUUGUGAACAAAAGCACCUCUGUGUUACAAAGUAGUUUCUUCGUGGACCGCGCUGAGAUUGCUACAUUCCCUGAAAACUGGCAGCUGGGGAAAUUGCAAGAUGGGGAAGAAUACUUCGCACUCUGCUUUCCGGCCUUCAAACUGGAUCAACAACCCAGACAAGCGAGAAGACUCUUCCCUUGGCUGAGUUGUUGCUUCAGCUUUGGCAAGCACAUGCAGCAGUAAUUGUUUUUUCAUGGCCAUCACACACACAUACACACAAAAACACUGACCAAAAAAGCGUUUCAGUUAAGAAGUGGGAGAUUCAGAAGGUGCCGGAGAUUCCAAGACGAGGUGCUUCAAUCAGUCGAAGCACUUAACGACAUACUCCAACGAUGUGAAAGGACAAAAACCAUGCCAAGGAAACUCUAUUUUCGACAAAAUUACCCAUUGAAGUGUAGAUCUGUUUUGUACAGCGACAUGAGAAGCAAGCAUUCCGAGAUCAUCAACACAAAGGCUACGCGCAUCACAAAGCUGUAAACGGGUUUUAGAUUGCAACUCUACUCACCAAUAAAUUGUGCACAGGUUCGAAAAAAACUAAAUUAAGCAGGAUUGGAACAAGUUGCUGGAAAAUAGUGUUACGUCGGAAGCUGUAAAAUAAUAUCCCUCAACUAGUAGCAGUGUUUGAAACCGCUGCCAGUUCCAACUGUUAUCACCCUUCAAGAGACAAAACAACAUAAAAACAAAACAAAACAUAACAACCCACAUAAAAAUAGAAAUCCUACUCCAAGAACCUACCAACGAUAACCAAGAUUACACAAUUGCAAAUGAAAUUACAAGCUGCAA